ACAACGGCUAAAAUGGUUCCGGAGGUAACGACGCAUUUGUCAGAGGCUGACUUACACCAAAUUGUUGACCAUGUUUUCCUCCCACGUAAAUUACCCGGUCAAGAAUCACCAUCUUUAAUCCAGGACGAGGCCAAUAUUUUGAAUCUGUUAUCAUCCGUUCUUAAUUCAUCCGACUACGCCAACUAUAUUCCCAUUGACACGAGGAAGUUGUUCGAAACCUGGAGUGAAAAUCAACGUGUCCAAAAUCCAGAGAAUAUUUCAAAUUCGUUACGAAAGCUGAAAAAUGGACUUCCAAUACUGCAAGGCUCCAAGACAAGAAUGUUUGGAUAUUAUAUACGAGCCCAAAAUGCUGGAAUACUAAUCUGCACCGACGCUUCCAACAAAACAAUCCUAUCAACCUUCCCCGCCUCCUUGAAAUCUGACGUGAUCAUGUCCACGUGUCACGGUGAAGUUGUUACCGCAUACCCCGAGCAGUCCAUCAUAAUUCCAAACUCCGACAUCCUCUCUUCCUUGGCCCUGGCGAGACAGAUCAUAACACUAACCAAUGAAACUCUCCCCUACGCCAUGGGAACUUCAAAAAAGGCGGGAACCGAAAUCGUCGAAGUUCGUGAGGUAUGUGACACGAAAUACGUCUCCGGAUGGCUUACGGCUCUCUUGUCUGACGCAAAUUCAAGCAUCACAUCGAACAAAGAAUUUCCCCGAAUUUGCAAAAAAGUACGAGACACGGUUUCCUGGAACAAUUCUUUCAUUCCGUGGAGACGUUCGGGAAUGUGGAUGAACGCGAAGGUAAUCUUGCAACUGAGCCUGGUCAAAAACGCGUCGUCGCGAGAACAAGGGACAUUUCUUUACAAGACAAUUAUAGCUGAAUUUAUGCGACAAAUUUGCGAACUAACGAAUAAUUUGGGAUUUGAUGCCGAUAUUGGAAUUCACAUGAUGAAAAAGUUGGCCAGACGGGUGAAAAAGAUACAGGUUUUAAAUACACAAAUUCCUACGUUUACGACAAAGAUUCUUCAAGAAACAUCCAUGACGUGUAAACAAUUUAAGCUACAACUUCUCAAACUUAAGAUCGUCAACACUCUAAAGGUCAUUCUGGAAGAAAUCAAAAUUGACAAAGAUGACACGAUUCAUAAAACUCUACCAAAAAUUCCUGUAGUUCCAGUCUCCACGGGAUUAUUGAAUUUCCACGAACCGCUAACUUUUCCUCCACGGGUGGACCUCACCUCAGUUCACAUCCCACGGAUUAAACCCAUUUUGGGAGCUUCUGAAGAAAAUCGUGGCUUUUACCUAUAUGAUGUGGAAUCCUGGAUAUUUAACCAUAUUGAUCGUUACGCAAUUCAUUCCAAAUUCGUUCUUGAACUUCGAACAUUGGCCCUGGAUUACAGCUCUCUAGCUCCCGAGCACUACAAGACCAAUCCCGUUGGUGCAAGCAGAAUGAUCCUAGCUUUCUUAAAAAUCGUUCAAGUAUUACAUCAAAUCGCAGUGAAAAAUUUUUCAAUGUUAAUGGAGCAUAGAAGUGGUAUCGACACCAAAAUUUUUGAACAACUUCUCCUCCCAUUAAAAAAUGAUAUGGAAAUAGCAUACAGUUUAGAAUGUUACUUUAACUAGAGAAAUUCUGCGGGAACAAAUCCCGCCUUGACGGAAGAAGACGUAAUCACAAUAGCGUCAUUUUCAGUCCGAUAUGGAACUCAAAAUCAAGAAAUGUGCAAUUUAAGGGAUAAAAUAUUAUUAGAUGCGGAGCACAAAAUUCUCGGAAAAUUAGGCGAGCUGAAGAAUGCCAGGAAAGUUUGUAAAGAUUUGCGUCAGAAAAUGGCAAGCCUUCGAUGCAAUUGUGCCCAUCAGAACAUUAUUCGAAGUUGCGGAUAUCAUACAACCCUUGAAAUCUUGCAGGAACUUUCAGUACAAGUUUACGAGCGGCCGUUAAAAAACGAACCACAUUAUCAAAUCGCAGCCGUAUUUGAGAUCCUCCGGAGAUUGCAUGUCUUCGAGACACCAUCAUUCUCCUGUUGUCCAAAAUUUGUCAAACCAAAGAGAAACCGUAUAAAAUCAUGGGAAUCUGGCCAAAUUAUAAAAAAUUAAAGAAACACACGAAUGGGAGUUCAGCCCUGUCUUCAUUCAAGCUUGGUAGUACAACUAAACUAUUUGUCGACAGUCAUUACAGAUCUCAACAUCCGGACAAACCCGAUGACUUAUUUAUCGUCAAUAACGGAUACAAUUGCACAUUUUCUGGAAACUAUGAAAAAAAUUGGGACGUUAAGAAAUUCACGACGUUUGGACUUUCCCCAGACUCGCUGUACUCUAACCUCCAGUGGACUCUGGAAUCCACGAGACACACACAAAAUCAAGUCCUUGCGAGACAAGUUGACUGUCCUGGGAAGUUAAGGUUGGUAGAAUUCAAGGAAUUUGGAACACUUCGAGCUGGACAUCGCCUUCAAUUGCGCAACAUUUUUCGGGCAAUGAUACAAAAGACGCUUUCAUUUCGGGAAGAGUCAGUUUUCCUCUUGAUUUCUCAAGCUUUGUGGGAGGCUGGACCGGCAAGUAAUGAUUGGCAUCGAGAGGCACACGAAUCCUUCGCAAAUCUUGGAUUUACGGAGGAGUUCCUGCAGGAAUUGAAUAUACAACUGGAUUCCCAUCAAGAAAAUUGGGAUGAACCCUACACCAUCUUAUGCCUCAUAAUUCUGACGUGUAGAGUCCUUGAAUUUGGACAGUAUCCAGAAAUGGCGACAAAAUUACUGCUUAAAUGUAGAAAAACUGCAUUUCAAUGGAUUUCCAAAAUCGAAAGUAUGAUUAGCGAUUCGUGCACUAGCCCGGUGGCUCAAGUUCAACAUUUAAAAUUAAAACUAGUCGAUGCUUGUAUUUGUAUUUGCUUGACUUUUUCCGUGUCAAUGGAAUAUUUGGACCAAGUUUUAUAUUCGGAGGACGACUUAUUUGUCUGGGUCCACGCCAUGACAAGGAUUCACAACACAAUUACUCCAUCCACAACACUUUCUCACACGAAAAGGUUACUUCUUAACUUAGUUCAACGAACUAUUGGGAUGAAUAUUCAAGUAAAAUUAGCCACAUUUAUAAAAGGAUUGAACAAAUUUGUACACAAAAAUUGGAACGAAGGGAUUUAUGGAGAGAUUUCAAUGUGGCUGCCCUACGACAACCACCCCAUAAUCCCCCAUAUCUAUCAGGCAACGUUUCGCCCGGAGAAUAAAGCUACCGCCCACCUGGAGGUUGACGUUCUAGGGGGAUCAUUUCUAGUUAAUGGGCUACCAGUUGGCUGGUUACCAGAAAAGGUAACACAUCAUCCUAUAUUUUCACGAACUUUUACCGACAUCGUUUUUGAGGUAUAUCCAACCCAGGACGAGAACACAUAUGUCACGAGAAAUCAAUAUGAUAAGGCCGACUACAGAUUCACCUUGUUGAACGAUGACAAUAAAACGUUGAUCAUUAGAGAAAGAAGGACUCGCGAUAUACAAAAAGUUAACAGGAUACAGAGGGACAAAAUUUCAAAUUUCAUGGAGUCAAUCGUCGACGAAUAUCAAUUAGUUGCACCAGAAAGUCUCAAAAACUUAAUUCCUCGUUUGCUCCAAGAGGAAUUCAGUCAUUGGUUAAAUAUAAAAGAAAACUACAUAGAAUUUCGACCCGUAAAAUUUAUAAAUUUUGCAACAGCCAAACCAAAAUAUAAGUUUUGUCUUGAGAACCAGUUACUUGUCGAGAUGUCAACUGGAAAUGCAAUCUUUUCCGUUGGCUCUAAGUCAUAUUUUUCCAUUAGAAAAUAUCUCUCCCGGUUGGAGCAUCCUGACUUUGUUCAUGUCUUGCUUGAAUCGCGAGGAAAAGUUAGAGUUGACCUGCCUCGAAGGAGGUUAACUUUCUACUUCGACGAGAACUCGGGCCACUUGAUGAACAAGGAGUACGGAAUGCAAGUUUGUGCAAAUCAGAGCUUUGGUACAUUAAUAUCUCUUCAAAAUGGUUCUGCUUCUAAGCGAUAAUUACGGCGACAAGAAACUUUUAA